AGUAGUGAUAAUAGUACUUCAUCACCUACAACAUGGCAAGACACUUUAUCUCGUAGUAAUGCAUCUAGCCUAAUAACUAAGAUGUCAGUUUGCAAAAGAAUGUUUUUGAAAAGUUGGAGUACUAAAGAAUGG